AUGGAGGCGCAGGUUCUCCACGAGCCGCUGCCCCCGCGACCUGGGGGCCCGGUCGCUUUGGUCGGUCAUGGCUAUGGACCCGGUUCCGGUCCCGGGCUGGACGCCGCCAUGUCCCCGGUGGUGACCAUUCGCCCGUUCGACCCGGCGGUGGCCACAGCCUUCCCUCAGCUCCCCGGGGCUUCUCCCUUCCAUGGUAUUGCCCCUGGUGGACCCGGCACGGAUGCCUUCGGCCCCGGGGCAGGGCUCCUGCAUUUUGGAGACCUCUCCGGGCUGCUGACCCCCGGAGGGCCCGGCUUUCCCGGCGGGACGACCAAUGCCGGGGACGUGACGUCCCCCUCGCCGGCCACCCCAUCCAGCACCAGCAUCAGCACCAACACCAGCACCAAUUUCAGUGUCAACAUCAAUGUCACGACCGCCACAACGGCCACCACCAUAUCCUCUUCGGCCAACCCCCCCUCGGGUGCUUCGAUGUCCUCCUCUUUGACCACCGUCGCCGGGGCCGGCUCCUCCUCCUCCUCCUCCUCCUCCUCGUCGACUCACGGGCCGGGGGUCUCCCUGCCCGGGCAGUUUGGUCCUGGCAGCCGCGAUCCGACCGCCGGCUUCCACUUCCCGCUGGAUGGACCGGUGGGGGAUCUGGACGCGCGAGGUUCCGCCUCCUCGGCCCGUGGACUCGGUGUUGCUGGUCAUGGCAGCGGCGCCGGCGGGAACAGGGCCAGUGCUGGUGCCCUCGGCGCCGGUGGCAAUCCCAUCGCCGGUGCAGGCUCCAGCACCAGGAACACCGGGACCGGCGGCGGUGCGGCUCCCCUGCGACCCUAUGGAGGCGAGCAUGGCGUUGGGGCCAACGCUGUUGGCACCACCACCGCCGCCACCGCCACCGCCGCCGCCACCACCACCCCCGCCACAGGCACUGGCGGCACCGGCGGCGGUGACACCAAUCCCGGUGGUGGUGGUGGUGGUGGUGGUGGUGGUGGUGGCGGCGGCGGCGGCGGCGGCGGCGGCGGUGGUGGCAGCAGCCUCGGAUCCGCUGUCAUGAACUCGGGACAGCAGGAUCUCGGUCAGCGACUUGUCCUCUGGGUCCACGAUACGGCGGCCAUGGCGGAUCCCGCCUCGCAGGCUCCCCUCCUGUCGGGCCCGGCUCAUUCCAUGGUUCCGUCCACCGGUGGACCCGGGGGCCACUUGUCUACCUCCGCCUCGGCGGUUUCCUUCUUCUCGGCAAGUGGGGCCGUGUAUGGCAGCCGGUCUGGGGAUCUGCCCGGGGCUUCGGCCUAUUCGCAUCCGCUGCAGCAUGGUCCCCCUCGAACAGGGAUCCCCCCGGGCGGCUCGGCCUCGGCAUCAACCGGGGUUCCAUCACUUGGCCCAUCUUUGGCCUCCUCGCCGUCGGCCGGCUCUGGCGGCCCAGCCUCGCCAGCACACAAUCCCAGUUCACCCUCCUUCCAAUCCCGGGGCGCAGCCUCCAUGGACAAGCCUGCUUCAUCUGCUGUCACCCCCACUGCCGAUGGUGUGGGUGAAGAUCCGGCCGCCGGGUCAGUCCCACCCGGGGCCAUACUUUCCUCGCUCGGUGGCGCCGGCCUCCCCGGCGGCGGGCUCACGUCGCAGGAGCACAGCUCGGCAUCGCUCGUGCUGUCGGGGCCCGGCGCAACUCCCCAGCACCUUCUGCCACACCAGCACCUCCUUUCCCAGGGGUCGCCGGGAUUCGGCCUCUCCGCAGGGUCUUCCAUCAGUGCCAGCUCCUCCUCUGCGGCAUUGGUCACGACACAUGCCGGGAGCUCGGUGGCGGCGGCCAGCCCCGGGGGUGGCACCAUUGCCGCCCAGGGAGCCACGCCUGGUGCCGCCGGCACCGCCACCACUACCAUUGCCACCAGCACCAGCACCACCACCGCCACCACUACCACCACCACCACCACCACCACCACUAGCACCACUAGCACCACUAGCACCACCAACAGCACCAACACCAACAGCACCAACAGCACCAACACCCACACCCACACCCACACCAACAACACAAGCACCACCACCACCGCCACCGGUGCUCCUCUGUCCGCGCUCGGGGCCUCCAGUCAGUCUGGCACCAUAAGCAACAUCCCUUCGGCGUCUGGUUCCGCGCCUCCUGUGCCGGAGCUGAUUGUCAACCUGGAUUUCUUCCCGGGCAUCCGCGUCGGUGAUCUGCUGGCCAUCACGCAGGUAAUCCACCCGACCGGAGCCAGCGCCACUGGCGGCUCGAGCGGCGGUGGCAGCGGCGGCGGCGGCGGCAGCAGCAGCGGCGGCAGCGGCGGCGGCGUCAGCGGCGGCGGCAGUAGUGGCGCUGGAGGCGGCGGCGGCGUCAGCGGCGGUGGCAGUGGUGGUGGCGGCAGCGGCACCAAUGCCCCCGGGGCUGGUAGUGGCACUGGCGGCGGCGGCGGCGGCGGCGGCGGCGGCGGCGGUAGCGCAGGUGGUCCCAGCGCUGCGGGUACUGCCGGCACCAGUGGCACAGGCGCUGCCGCCAAUGUGUCGGCCACCUCCUCGUCCAGUACUUCCCCCUCGUCCAAGGCGCCGUCCAUGCCUCCGGUCGGCGUGCUGGCCUCCUCGCCGACUUCCUCCUCCUCCUCCUCACCUGGCGGACCGGUUGGCCAAUUUGGUGGGUCUCUCAGCUCCAGCAGCUCCAUCGGCAGCUUGAGCACGCAUGCCGGCGGUCCGGCGCCAAUGAUCGGCUCGGUUCCGCGCCUUCACCCGAGUGGAGCCUCGCUCCUGGGCAACAGCACUGUCCCCGGUGGCGUGCCGGAAGGUGCCACAUCUUCCUCGGUCGGCUCGGCUGUUCGCUUCUCCGCACACGGCGACUCGCCGGCCGGCCAAACGGCCGAUGCGGAUGCGGCCGCUGCCUCCGCCGCCCGUCCCGAUAUCAAGCGCAUUGUGGUCAAGGUGUCGGCCCUAUCCUCUUCCAAGUAUCCCCAGUUGCAGAUCAGCCUGCAAAAGCACAUCGCCGAGCUCUUCGGCUUCCAUCAGCGCCAAUAUUGCUACGUGACAAAGGUGAGCCCGGGCUCUGUGGGGCUUGGCUUUGUCCAGGUGAAUUUCAAGGAGCAGUACCUUUCUCGAAGCGACAUGUGGCGUCUGAAAAACAGCCUCAUCGGCGAAACCCUCUACGUGGGAAAGAAGAUCACUUUCCUGGGCAUGCGUGGCCAGAUCAAGCAGCUGUACAUCGGCCCUCAGCCCUCGCUGUAUGGCUACUUUGGUCCGCAAACCAAGUGCGUGUACCGUUCGGAAUCGGCGCGCUUCGUCAUUUUCAUCCAGAUGUCCCAGGAAAUGUGGACCUUCGACGAGGAGGACAGCGAGCUCUUCUUCGAGAAGGCCGUUCAAGGUUUCCUGCCUGAGCUAUUUUCCCGCUGGUCCCAGCGUGGCGUCAAUCACCUGGUGUCGAUUGUGCUAUUCUCGCGGCACUUCUAUUCGGACGUCGGCUCCACCACCGGGCCCGGGCGCAUUAACACCGAUUUCCGUGGGCGCCCCUAUCGCGACUUCUACAAGUGCGUGGUCGAAUGGGAAACCCGGUCGGACUGGGUGCCGGUGUUGCGGUCCCUGCGUUCGGAGCUGAGCCGGUACCCGCGGGACAUUCGUGCCUGGGAGCGAGCCAAUGGCCACGCCGAGGGCACAUUCGGUCAAAUCAGCCACUCGUACGAGGGAAAUAUCCUGGAGGCCAUGAACAUGGCGCAAAAUAUCCUGGAGAAGGCCUUUGUCAACCGGGACUUCAACCGCACCGGGCUCUCGAUCGUCAUCAUCACCCCGGGCACCGGGAUCUUCGAUGUGAACCACAGCACCUUCAAGCUGGCCAAGCACCGCAUGAUCGACAAUGGCAUCAGCUGUGAUAUUGUCUGCCUGGGCCGGCCGCCCUUGCAUGCGGUGCCACUCUUCCGGUUCUCCCAUCCCCCGGGGGAGGCCGCCUCCCCGGAGCCGGAGGCCGCGGCGCCGCUGGCCGAGACUGCCGGCACCCGGCUCCCCCGGGCACGGGCCACUCCGCAUGGGGGCCGUCCGCCUGGCAGCACCCAUGCCUCUGUGUCGCCGGAGAGCGCCGCCCCCCUGCGGGCCCUGGCUUCGGCCGCAGCCCCGGCCGCAACCCAAUCGGCCGACAUGGGCAGCUCGGUCGCCGGCCGUGUGCGCAAUGUGUCCCCCAUGUCACUGGCCCAUUGGAUUGAUGUCAGUUACUUCUCCCGGCCACGGUGGGAAAUUUCCCGCCCACUCCGGCCGGUUCGCUUCACCCCGCGCUGCAACAUGCCCGGUGCGCAGCACGCCUCGUCCAUGAGCUUCUCAUCCAAAACUCUGGCCACGCCGCAUGUUGCCUUCUCCACCGCGGCCAAGGGCAGCCUCCUGCUGGGCGGCCCGGCCGGCGGCAGCCUCUCCUCCACCCAAUCCGGCCAGAUGUUCCUCCACGACUUGGCCAUCUUCGAUGAGCUCCCUCAAGGGCCAAGCAUCAUGGCUCCGCGUGCUCGUUCGGCCUUCCCCGGUCAGCAGACUCUGGCCACCGGGGCCUUCCGGCAAAACCGCCGCUCGCCCUUCGACCAGCCUGGCGACUUGCUGCUGCCCUAUCCCCUUCCCUUUUCCGGUCAGUCAGACCCGGUCUUUGGCAUGGCUGGCCCCGGCGGCAUGUUUGGACUGACCGGCCUCCCCGGGAUGCCGUCGCUCCAGGGCAUGCCGUCGCUCCAGGGGAUGCCGUCGCUCCAGGGCAUGCCCGCCUUCCCGGGGAUGACUCCCUUCACCGGCAUCGGGCCCCUCCCGCCGCUUCCCAGCCUCCCUGGCGCACCGGGCUUCCCAGGGCUGCAGGCCCUGCCAGGCAUGCCGGGAAUGCCGGGAAUGCCGGCUCUCCCUCCGCUGCCCGGGUUCUCCCCCAUGCAAGCCCCCGGCAUUGGGCCAUUCCCCCCGCUGGGCCUCUUGCCGAAUGGCUUCCCGGCCGCGGGCCUGCCCCCAGGAGACCUCCUUUCGCCUCCCUUUCCCGGCGCCCUGCCUGGACUGCUGCCGCCGCUGUUGGCCCCCGGCGCCGAUUUCAUGGCCACCCUGGUCACCGAUCCGGCGGAGGGAGCAUGCCCCCUGCCACUGCCGCAUCCGCCACCGCUACUACCACCCCCGCCGCCAAUGCCGUCGGCGGAAAAGAUGCCCUUCCCGGGCGUGGCGCCGUCCACGGCCGGCGGAGAUGCCCUCCCCCCGCGUCCCGGGCCCGCCAUGUCGCCGGACAGCUUGCCCCAGCUGUCGACCUCGGCCUCGGGGCAAAAGAGCGGGCCUCAUACCCCCCGGGCCGUGGCCAUCGAUGCCCCGGCCGAUCCCAGUCCCCUCCUUCUGGCUGGGUCCCCGCCGCGUCUCUCCACCUCGGCCUCUUCGACCAGCACCGUCGGUGCACCGGGCACGGGGCCCUCUUCGGCCACGGGAACCCCGAGUCGCAGCCGCAAGGUCCUGACCUUCCUGGGGGAUGUCUUCGGCCGCCAGCGGUCCCCGAGCUCCGGCUCAGCAACGUCCGACCUCCCGGCCAAAGGACCCGCCGACCAGUUGCCGGCCCCGCCGGCCAGUGGGCCUGGCCAGGACCAAGUCCAGCUGGCCGACGCGACUGCUGCUCCUGCAAGCGCCGCCGCCGAUUCCGCGCGACCCAUUGGCUCGGCCGGCAUUCCGAUGAUUGUGGCCACCCCGGGGACCCCCACGUCAGGCCCUCUCCUUUCGGCCUCGGUGAGCACGAUUUCUUCCUCGCUGCUGCCAGGUGGCCCGACUUCACGUCUGGUGGAUGACAUGGACUCCGGCGGCCGGGUCAGCGCCUCAUUGGCGGACGUCACGGCCGCCGCCCAGUCCGCCGGGUCCCUGCCGCAGGGGAGCUGGGUCUCGGCUUCGGCCAUGCCAAUCCGCGUUGGAUCCCCCUCGGUGGCCGGAGCACGCGCCACCGGCGGAGCCCUGCACAUGGCCACUUCCUUUGGGUCGCUUGGUCGCGGAUCGAUGCCGCGUGCCGGGCCCCCGGUCUCCGGGUCGCCCUUGCGGUCGCCGGGUCUCCCGUCUGUGGAUGCCUCGUCCCAGGCCGGGAGCCUGCUUUUCCUGCCCCAGGCAGUGCCUGGCAUCCAGCCCGCCGGGUCAGGCAUCGGCCUGUCCCCUUUGCCGCCUGUCCCGCCGGGGACGACGCCCCUGUCGGGGCUGGCAUCCGGCGGCCUCCCCGCGUCGCCCUUGCUGGCGGCUGCUGCUGCGCCAGCGGCCUCUCGGCCGUCAGGCUUCUCGGGACCGGGCGCGAUGGCUCCCUCUCCGCAGGGUGAAACCCCGGCUCCCGGUGUUGGAACGGCCGGCCUUCGGUCGGUCCCCAUCCCCGGGGACUACUUCGCCCCUGACGGGACGGACCCCGCGUCGUGGGCCAGGGAGACCAGUGUCCUGGCGCCGCAGGCCGCCGUUGCGGGAGGUGGUGCCGGUGCCGCCGCCGCCGCCGCUGCCGCCGCCGCCGCCGCCGCCGUCGCUGCCACCACCACCACCACCACCGGCACCACCGGCACCACCGGCACCUACCCUCGCCUCGAGAUGCAUGAUGAUAGUCCGUACGGCACACCGAUGGCCGUGACUGCCUGGUCGCUGGAUGUGGUGAUGCUUCGCCGGCGCCGGGCCGCCCAUGGGCAGUCGCCUCAGCUGUUGGAUUUCCCGACCUUCUCGGCGCCCAGCUUCGGCGGGGCCUUCGACCACCACUCGGCCCCCACGGUGGGCGAGCUUCCUCCCCGGGGGGCGGCCCCGGUCCCCUCGGGAUUCGGGGCGCAAGGUAUGGACUUCUUUUCCAGUGGGGCGCUUCUGUCGCCGCUGGGCUCCGGCAUCCCGGGGCUCGGGGGAACCCUGCCGACAUUGUCCGGGCCCGGUGGGCUGCCCAGCCUUGGCGGAGCCCCGCCACUCGGCCCGAGCAGCAACUCCUUUGGCUCGGCCCCGCUUCCGGCCCUGUCGGCCACUCCGCCAGGGUCCGGCUCGGCCGAUGUUCCCCGACACACGGCCUCCUUCUCCCUGUCUGGCAAGCGUCUGAACCCCACCAACCCCGCCAAUAGCCAACUCAAAUUGAGUGCCUAUCGCCGGCGCUGGUACCACGCCUUCCCCAUUGAGGCCGCCACCUCCAUCCAUUCGCGGCGCGUCGGCGCCCUGCCCAGGCCUGGGGCCGGGGGCGCGUCUGGCCGCGGGGCGCGAUCUGGCCUCCUGUCCGGCCUCCCGCCGGCCGGCGCGUCAGCCAGUGUGGAUGCCCUGCCGACGGCGUCGGAGCUGCUGCUCCUGGGGCCGCAUGCCUUCGGCGACAGCGCGUCCGCCUCGACGGCGGUCUCCUCGCGCGGCGGCGACGGCGUCAAGUGGCUGUCCCUUUCAACCCCGGCCAUUUUGCCCCUGACCACGGACUAUGUCCCGACUGAGGAGGAGCUGGACAAGCAUUACAACGAGUACUCCUACACCCUGUCCCUCUUCAGCAGCUACGAUGACCAGCAAAUAUUCUACGACCGCAUUGAGGCUCUUUUCUUCGAGCUCGUGGCCCAGCGCCUGGCUCAGGGGUUCCAGCUGAUCAUCCCGCCGACUUUCUCGGACUUGCGCCUGCUCGGAUCGGACAUCACCGGGCUCGGCGCCCCGGGGCCGGUGUUUGCCGGCUUCUCCGGCCCCAUGCUCGGCGCCGGCGGGCUCAACCUGACCGGGGGAGGACUCCUUGCGGCUGGCGGCCCGGCCGACAUCACUUCCCCCGGGCUCGUGCACGCGCCACCCUUCCCCCAGGGGCUGAAUCCGGGCCCGGGCCCGGGUCCGGGGCCUGCUCCCGGGUUCGGCUCCGGCCCGGGCCCCGGUCCCGGCCCGGGGCCUGGCUCGAGCACUGCCAGUUCGAGCACCGCCCGGCCACAUGCGCUCGAUGUGUAUGGCGGCGGCGUCACCGCCCUGGACAUGCUCAGCAAGCCUUUCUACCUGUCGGUGGCCAAUGACUUCCACCGGCUCAAUCUCAAUGUCCACACCCAGUCGAUCGAGGUCCGCCGGUCGUCGCGCCGGUCCCGUCGCGAGGUGCCGAGUGUCACGUACAACUUCAUUGUCUGGAAGCGGUACGAUGUGCCGGAGGACUUUGUCGACGUCCUGGUGCUGGCCUCCCGCAAGCAGGGCUCCGCACAUGCGGCGGCUCUGUUGGAGUCCGGCUCCCCGGGGCUGGAGGCCGAUUCGACCGACCCAGCCUCCGACUCCCGGCGGAAUACCCUCUCCGGCUCGAGCGAAGACCCGGCAUCCAUCGGGCCCAGUCGGUCGGCCAGCACGCUGGCUGUCCGGCGCACGGCCAGCGUCUCGCAACAGGUAUCCUCCUCCUCGGCUUCGGCCUUUGCCCCGGGCCCCGGGUCCCAAGCGACCCCCUCGUCCGUGAGUCGGGCCCUGCUGAAGCCGCUACUUUCCUCGAUGCAGUGCUAUCGCCCGGCAUCGGUGUCCUUCCAGUACUCGGAAAUGUCCAUGUACAACUGGAACCGGCUGGAUCAUUUGCUUGCCGGACUGGUGCCGGACGCCGAUGCCCCGGCCCACAGCGAUUCGCUGAAGUACUGGCGCACGCGCUUCACCCUGGUUCCCUGGCUGCCGAAGAAGAUCGGCGCCGCGCGGUCCACCCUGCAGAUGCAAAUUUGCGCGCUUGCCCACCAGGAGAAGCUUGACGAUGAGGAAUUCCGCAUCGCAGCCCAAUUGCGCUUCGCCGAGGUCUUCCACCGGUAUCGCCGCCACUCCCGGGACCAGGUGUCCUUCAGCAUCACGGCCACCGGGGCCGAGCACGGCGAGUGGGUCAAGGUCGCCGGGCAUCUGCAGCGGGCUCCCCCGGGCAAGGUGCCCACCCUGCGGCGUGGAGCCACCACCACCGAGAUCGCCGCAGCCCUGAUGGACCCCACCGGUGGCGUUUCUCUGAAGAACCGCGUGUGGCACCAGUGCGUGUAUGAACGCUGCAUCAUCGGCACCGAGCUCAUCGACUGGAUCCUGCUCCAUGUUGAGGGGGUCGACACGCGGGAGGAUGCGCUGCAAUUUGGCCGGGACCUCCUCCGCCGCCGGGUUAUCCUGCACGUCAUCCAUGCGCACAACAUGAUCGACGGCUUGUUUUACUACCAGGUGAAUGAGAUGCUUGUGACGCCGCCGAAUGUCGAGCCGGCUGCGUCGGCUGGACUCGCUGCCCCGGCCCCGGCCGCUGGUGACACAGACACGGCCCUCGGCUCGGCCACCCCGCCGCCGGCCCUCGCGCAGCAGCCCUCCCCCGGGGUGGGCCCCCCGCCGGACAUUGCCCCAGUUGAGCCCUUUAGCAAACGCUGGUUCCGGAUCACCAAGAAUUGGUCGGCCUCUUCGUCAUAUGUGUCGCUGCUUGGUGCCUCCUCGCCGUUAUUGGAUCUGAAGGGCCUUUCCGCCGGGGCGGCAGCCGCGGCAGCCGCCGGCCCUGCCCCAUCCGCCGGCCCCGGCAGCAUGACCGCCCCCUCGACACCGGAGCGCAUGACCCCGAGCACCUUCCCGGUUCUGCCGCGGCAGAGCACGGCUCCGACAUUGGCGGUCCCGGCCCCGGCCCCGGCGGCGGCGGCGCCUCUGCCUGCUGCCUCCGCCGACCCGGCAAACGAUGCGACCCGGCGGUCCUCGGCCAUCUCCCCGGCUCCGCCCAAACUGGGUGUCAUCCAGAAGACCAAGUCCCUGGUGCUGGAUGCGGAUCCCUUGAAAAAGAGUGACCGCACCGAGUGGGCCUUCCUCCACUACGAGCAGCACUUUGACCCGGGGCUUUUGUAUCACUUCGACCUGCAGUGGGUCGCCUGCACGGCCCGCAUCCUCGAGGACAUGAUCCAACAAUGGCAGCGCCGGGCCUCGACCUUUGGCAUGACCAUGGUCGAGGUCCCGGUGGCACCGGCUUACUCCAAGGUGGGCGAUCCUUUCGGGUCCCUGCCGCAGGUGUCCUUUGCCCAUCCCCCGCCCAAAAUCGUCACCACCAUCAACCGCCUAACCCGGCAGGUCCUUUACGAGCAUGCCUUCCGGGGGACCUUCGCCGACCCGAGCGCUGGCCCGGGCCCGGGCCCGGGCGGGUCGUCUCCGGCGCUGGCUCCGCUGGACCACCCCUUCGACCCGCACGGGAGCAUGGUCAUCCCGGAAGCCCUGCGCCUGAGUGUGGCCACCUUCAUUGCCCAGCUGCUGGACCUGCCGGCCACCUUCUUCGGCCACGAACUCCUGCUGAAGUUCGACUUCCUGUUGGAUAUCGUGGCCACCAAGCGCCAGUUCCCGGGCCACGUCGUCACCGCCUCCCUUCGGCAGCCGGAGUACCUCUAUGACCAGUACAUUCACCGGACCGGCACGGCAUUGGUCCACCUGCUUGAGGAUGAUGGCGGCUUCCUCUGGGAGCACAACCACGUCUUCUGCAGCAAAAUUUCGGGCUUCGACUACGACCAUUUGUUCCACGAAUUCCUGCUCUUCUGCAUGGAUGCCGAGCAGCUGGCCGCGUUCUGGUCCGCCUGCACGAUGAAGGCUUGGCGCCGGCUGGCUCAGUCGCUGGAGGAUGAGGCCAACUGUGCGGCUCUCAGGGCGCUCCUUCCACCGGCCGAGACCCUUCGACCGCCACGCACAGGCUCCGGAUCUAGCUACGCCUCGGUGGCCGCUCUGGCCGCCCAGCGCCAGUCCUCUCCGGAUCUUUGCCCGCUGGCAGCUCCUUGCUCGCCUCCCUCGCCGACGCCCGCGCCCGCGCCCGCGCCCGCGCCCGAGCAGCCUCCACCGAUCAGUGAGGAUCGUCAAAAUGGGGCUGAAGUAAACCCCCCCAAUAGCCCGAUCAGUGGGUCCUCCGCCCCCGCCACAGCCGCAGCGGGUGAGGCCGGCGGCGAGCCCGCCGAAUUGGCCCUGCCGAAUGUCCACCUGCCUGGUGCAGAGGACCCCCUCGGAGGGGCCCCCCUGCAGGCAGCCCCGGCAAUCGAGCCGACUGUCCUGCCACCUGCCCCGACGUCCAGUCCGGAUCUGGUGCCAGUGCAAGCCCCUGCCGAUGAGCCGGAUGCCAGUCCGAACGCCUCGCCAGUGUCGGAGCUCGCUUUUCCCGGGAGCCUCGUGUCCCCGCCGGAGCCCACGCCUGCCACUCCACGCGGCUCAGGUCCUACGCCCGACCCGCCAGCUGGCCGGCAGGCCGAUUGAGAAUGGCCCCCCCCCCGCUGUCUCUUCGCCCACAAUAGAUAUUAUACACCCACA